CUUGGCAAAAACGUACUGCACUCUUUUCCCGAUCAUGGCGAUUACUGUACUGUGCCACGGACAGACAGAAGCAGGAAGGAAGAGGAAAGGCGCUCUUAUCACAUCACAUCCGUGGAUCUCAGCCUUAUCAAGUUUGACCAUCACAUCAAAUCACAGUUGCCUUGGGAGCCUAACAAGCUCAAGAUGCGAAAAGCACAGCUAUGUCCUGUUUGUCAGAUUAUCAGACGAUCUUCCAACUGGUACAACGCGACUCAAACUAACAGGUCCUCCGUCCUCUUGACCUUUUCCGAGUCGCACAGCCAUAUUAGAUGCUGGCAUAUUAGAACCUAAAUAAGUCUUCACAUGAAGGGAGGGUCCGUUGUCAGCUCGACAUACUCACUGUUACGCAGAUUAUGCAGCACGAUAUCUCCCUACUGCAGACGGCGAGUUAGACAGCCGACACGUCCAGCUUCUGACAUGUUCAACCACAAGACCAGCCUUUGGGCGCAGCCCAAGUGCUGAGGCAGGUGUCGAGCUCCAGAGUCCGAACUCUAAAACAGAGCUUGAAACGGGCACGUCGAUGAAUAGCUUUGAGACCUUCAAAGGGCCUCAAGCGGCUCGCACCGCAUCCUGCUCAGCUGGUUACACGUCACCGUCCAUGGGGUUUAUUCAGAGUGGCAAAAUUGAAGAAAACCGAACUCCAGCGGCAAUGGUUGAUGCCAAUAGAAGUCAUCUGAACCGACUGGACAGUUGCAGAAUUUGUACAGUUUCAAUGAGAAAGAAAACGAAGC